CUUUGAUGAUGAGGACGAUGCAUGUUCAGCCUUACGAGCUUAAAGAAAUAUCUUACGAAAAUUGUUGGAAGUUGUUUGCAGAACACGUCUUUGGUACUAUAGGCUCCAAUGAGGUACAUCAAGACUUGGAAGAAAUCGGAAAGCAAAUUGUAAAAAAGUGCAAGGGUCUUCCUUUGGCUGUAAAAUCGAUGGCUGGACUUUUACGAUCUAUGUCCACUAGCGAAGAAUGGAGACAUGUACUGCAAAGUGAUGUAUGGGAGUUGCCCAAUUGUCUCAAACUAGGAAUUGUUCCAGCAUUGUGGUUGAGCUAUCGAUUUCUGCCUCCUUAUUUGAAACCAUGUUUUUCUUAUCUCUCGUUAUUUCCCAAGGAUUAUGAAUUUCAGAAAGAUGACAGAGAACAAAUAAUCUUAAUAUGGAUGGCAGAAGGUCUUUUACAACCUCAAAAAGGAAAAAGGAUUGAAGAUGUUGGAGAAGAGUACAUGAGUGCUUUAAUAGCAAGAUCAUUUUUUCAAAGAAACACAUGGGAUAGUUCUCUUUCUAUGCACGAUCUUAUGCAUGAUCUAGCUAUGUAUGUAUCAGGUCAGUGUUGUUCUAUUUAUGAUAGUUGUAAUGACUUCCACAAGCUAAAUGGUAGCAAGACACGCCAUCUAUCAUACAUGAAAGACUUAAAAGAUACAAUAGAAUUUGACAACUUUUCUAGAGUGAAGUAUUUGCACACCUUGUUAGUUUUACCAUUGCGAUAUACAUAUCCAUCGCAGGAGACACAAUUAAAGCUUGAAAUUGUGCUGAAGGAUGGAGGAUGCUUAAGAUCACUUUCUUUGUCAGAAUCAUGUAUCACAGACUUGCCUGAUUCAAUUGGCAAUUUAAAACAUCUCAGGUAUUUGGAUGUGUCUCGCACGAAAGUUAAGGAAUUACCUCAUUCAGUUUGUGGAUUGUACAAUUUGGAAACACUCUUAUUGUCAUAUUGUAUAAAUCUCACGCAAUUGCCUACCAACAUUUCCAAGUUAAUCAACCUGCGUCAUCUUAUGACAAGAGGGACUCCUCUAAAAGAGAUGCCACCGAAGAUUUGUGAUAUGAUAAAUCUUCAGAGGUUAAGUAAUUUUGUUCUGUGUAAAAAUGAUGGGUCCAGGAUCAAAGAGUUGGGCAAGUUGGACAAUCUGCGUGGAAGCUUGGAGAUUUCAGGGCUUGCGCAUGUUAGAGAAGUGAGUGAUGUUUUGGAAGGCAAUUUGAAGAAAAAAAAGUAUCUCAAUGAGCUCAUUCUUGAUUGGAACGGUGAGGCAGAUAGCUCAACAAUGGAAAGAGAAGUUCUUGAUGCACUCCAACCACAUGUAAAUUUAAAGAAACUCAAAAUUUUCGGUUAUAAUGGUACAAACUUGCCAGAAUGGGUAACACAUCCAUCAUAUUGUAACUUGAAAAAAGUUGUUCUACACUGCAGAAAUCUUUGCUUGUCAUUGUUAUCAUUUCGGCGGCUAAGUUCACUGAUAGAUUUUCGUGUUUUUGGUGUUUCCUGUCUUGAUAUGCAUGAUGAAUUUCGUAUUAUUCCUUUGAAUAAGCCCUUUCCAUUCUUAGCAAGAUUACAGCUUCAUCAUACAGAUAUGUUGGAUUGGUCAUUUAUUAAUACAAGUGACCAAAGAUGUGAGAUUUUUCAAUGUUUAAAGCAAUUUGAUUUAAACCGUUGUGGGAAGCUGAGUGUGGCGCUACCUAUGUGUAAUUUUCCAUCUUUAGAAGUUAUCAAUGUUUCAUCUUGCGAUGAAUUGGUUACAAUAUUUCCAACAAGUACUCACAUUGACUCUGCAUAUCCUUCCCUCCAAAAGUUGAACACAAGGAAUUGCUCAAGGUUGGAAACCUUUUCAGAAAUGGGAUUGCACUUUACUUUACAACAAUUACGCAUCGAAUCAUGUGAUAAGUUCAUGGAAAACCGCAUGAAAUGGAAUUUACAAAGACUCCCAUCAUUGAAUUCCUUACAACUCUGGCAAUGUGGAGAAGUGGUGGAUUCAUUUCCAGAGGAAUGGCUGCUCCCACCAUCUUUAAGAAGUCUUGAGAUCUUUGAAUGUAAUAACCUCAAAGCUCUGAACAGCAAAGGCUUCCAACACCUCACCUCCCUUUAUCAUUUAGAUCUUCUUUAUUUGGAAAAGCUAGAGUGCUUACCAGCAGCAGGACUGCCCCAGAGUGUUACUUAUUUGUCCAUAGAAGGAUGCAGUCUGCUAAUUCCCAGGUGCAAGGAAGGAACAGGGGAAGAUUGGCCCAAAGUUCAACACAUUCCUAACAUACUAACCGAAGAAACAGAACGUAAUAAGAGAUGCUUAGGCGGCAGGGUAAUCGUUUACUAUGGUACGAGGAUUGGUGAUUAUGAUGAUUGAGCCUUCUUUAAUUUGAGCAGAGAACCACAUCACAUCGGGACUGGUGUUGCCUUCAUUGGAAUCCUUCUCGACUUUGCUCUUCAGUCUUAUGAUGUCUUUCGCUCUUUGGUCUUUCAAUUUUGCUUUUGGCGAACAACACCAACUCCCAUUGGGGAGUCUCCUAAUGGCUUGUGGAGUUUCCUUUCUUCUUCUCUUUACCAAUUGGGAUUAAUCAACAAGGCGCAACAAACAUGCAAUCCAAGGUUGAAUGACAGUGUUUACAGAGUUCAUCAUUUAAUUAUAUCAGCAUCUCACAAGCUCUCAUGCUCCUGGGUGACUUCAAACUAUCUAGUUGGCACAAUUAUUGGUCCAGUUUCUAAUUUUCCAUGGCAUAUAUGGUGGUUACUUUCAACCAUUGAUCAUGUCAUCAACACAGAACUUGGUAAUGAUGUUUUCUACAAUGCUUCAAUUACAAGUUUGAGUUUUGAAUAAUCUUGACUCGAAAAUUAGUUGGAAGUUUUUUGACAGUUGGAAAAAACAUCAAGACUGCAGCUUGGUUUCAACUCGAAGUCUUACUACUUUGUGCGUGAAAGAAUGUACUGUUAACUCCCAAGUGCAAGGAAGAAACAGGGAAAGAUUGGCAUAUGAUUCAAUUCAACACAUAGCUAAAAUACACUGAAUAAAGUCAUGCCUCUCUUAGACAGCAGGAACACAGCAUUAUUUAUUAUACUGGUGGGGAUCGAGUUAUGAAUUUCAUCGAGUCUCAAUGAUUUCAGCCAAUGAGACAAUGCAGACUCUCAAAUUUGUGGGAUAUAUUUAUAUAUAUAGCCUUGUUUAAUUUGGAAGGCAAGCAAAUUACACAGAAAAGGUUCUAAGAAUAUUCAAGAUGCAUGAUGGUCAUUUUAAGUUCACAGCUGAUCAAUGUCCUGAAACUGAAGCAGAAGUAAAACUGUAAAAGACGAGGAUAAAGUCCCAUAUGCACCGCACUUGGUUGUUUGAUGUAUGUAAAAUGCCUAUGCCCUCAGUUUUCUUGAUGUCUAAUCCUGGGCUCGAGCACUGGCUUGGUGUGAAAUGGUCAAUGAGGUAUCUCAAAGGUACAAGCACACAUGGUAAGGUGUACAAGAAAAAUGCUGGAAAGAUAUGGCUCGAAGGGUUUGUAGAUUCUGAUGUUGCUUCAAAUCAAGAUUCAACAAAGUCCCUCAUUUUCUAUGUUGUUACAAUAGUGGGAGCACAGUAAGUUGGAAGUCUCAUCAGCAACAAAUCAUUGCUUUGUCCACGUCUGAAGCUGAAUUCAUGGCAACUGUAGAAGCUUGUGAGGAAGUAGUGGGAGCAUUGCUUAAACUUGUUGAACAUUGAUACAAGCUUGUUGAAGUUACUUGAGCUAAAUCAUCAUGAGCUUUCCUUAUUACUAGUCAUCCAGAACACAUCCAGCAAGCAGUGUUUUUACCGCUGGCUUUGCCUAUGCACGCUGACUCAGUUCAUCAAGUUAGUUUCAUUAUGAAACUUUCAUAUUAGUAUUGUAUUUCACAUCUGUGUAGAAAGAAGAUCACUUUGAGAGCUUUGAGUGUGGUUGUACAAGGGGUUCUCGGGUUUGGUUCUAAGGGUACAGAAAGAGUGAGUUUGGUGAGAGAGUUUGGUACCAAUAAACCAUUGAAGAUCUUCAACUGUAACAAAGAUUGUAUUGCUGAUUCUCUAUUGUGGAUUGCUCAUGAUAAUGCUCAAACUGGAUGUAGGUCAAAUUGGCCGAACCAGUAUAAACCUUGGCGUCCAUUUCUUUA